ACUUCCGCCUGUCAUUGCGUACACUUCCGGAAGAAGCGGAAGACAACAGUGGAAAUCUACUGCACAUAUGCAAAUUUUAAAGCACUAAAACGCAAAGAAACAUUUCGAUUUGGGUCGUUUGACAACCAAAGACGUCGACAUGUUUUCUUUCCACGUUUUCGACCACCCGAUGUCCCGGGGUUUCCAGAACCGCUUCUCCACUCAGUACCGCUGCUACUCAGUGUCUAUGCUGGCUGGACCCAACGACCGCUCCGACGUGGAGAAAGGAGGCAAAAUAAUUAUGCCACCUUCAGCUCUCGACCAGCUCAGCAGACUUAACAUCACCUAUCCGAUGCUGUUCAAGCUGACCAACAAGAACUCAGACAGAAUGACGCACUGUGGUGUUCUGGAGUUUGUAGCAGACGAGGGAAUCUGCUACCUGCCGCACUGGAUGAUGCAGAAUCUGCUGCUGGAGGAAGGUGGUCUGGUCCAAGUGGAAAGUGUUAACCUCAUGGUGGCCACUUACUCAAAGUUCCAGCCACAGAGCCCCGACUUCCUGGACAUUACAAACCCCAAAGCAGUGCUGGAGAAUGCUUUGAGAAACUUUGCCUGCUUGACAACUGGUGAUGUCAUUGCUAUCAACUACAAUGAAAAGAUCUACGAGCUGCGAGUAAUGGAGACUAAGCCAGACAAAGCAGUAUCCAUCAUUGAGUGCGAUAUGAAUGUGGAUUUUGAUGCUCCACUGGGCUACAAAGAGCCUGAAAGACGACCUCAGCACCAGGAAGAACCAACAGAGGAAGAAGCAGAUCCCAGCAGUUACGCUGAUAUGGACACAGGAUUCAGAGCUUUCACUGGCUCUGGCAAUCGUUUGGAUGGGAAAACGAAAGGCAUUGAGCCGAGCCCUGCUCCUCUUACCGCAAGCGACAUCAAAAGAGGGAUUCCCAACUACGAAUUCAAAAUGGGCAGAAUCACCUUCAUCAGAAACUCAAAGCCGCUGCCCAGGAAAAUUAUCGAUGAUGAUGACGCCAUGAACAGAUUCAUCGCCUUCUCCGGAGAAGGACAGUCGCUACGCAAGAAGGGCAGAAAGCCUUGAAGAAUCAAAGCGGAGAGACCAACAUAAUGUGCACGGACCCACCGUAUCUAUUGUCACCUACAACAGCAAAGUAAACUGCCCUUCAGAUGCAAAGGGAUUUUGUGUCUUUGUCCCUUUGAUAUUACAGUUGUACUGUUGUGGUGGGAUUAUAUUUUAUUAUAAAGCUCUGGCAGCAAUUGUUUGAUCAGCAGAACCUGAGCUCAGUAAAAUGCUGUCAGUAGUAAUUUGGUAUUCACAAGUCCAGACUGAUUGGUUUGAGACAGGCUGAAUAAAUACAUCACCAAGAUAUCAAGGAUUGUUGUUUUGAUAUCAGAUUUGAAAUAUGUUUCUCUUAGAGAUAUGUUCCCCCUUUUUCCAGAAUUGUCGAAUCUUUACAAUCCCCCAAAAAUAGUCUUAUCCUGAGUCCCAUUUUUAUGAUUAAAAUGGGGGCAAUAAUAGCUCUAUACUUAAGUUUUUAUUGAUAAUUGAAAUAAUUUUAUGUUUGAAGAUUUUUUUUCUGAGUUAUAGGAAUAAUUUGCAAGUUUUUUCCCCUUUGGUUUAUUUAUAGACAAAUAAAGGACUGUGUUUUGGAAUGGAAA